AUGCGCAAGACCAUCUGGGCUCUGCUGGGCCUGGGUGUUGUACCCCAGGCUCUGGCUGCUGACACGCUGAGCACCAAUGGAUUCAGCUUGUGCAUGACAGACUCGGACAUCGAAGUGCAGGACCUCGAUGUCACCUACUCUCGCUCAAGCAAAGAAGUUGUCUUCGAUGUGGCUGGUACCAACUCGAAGGAACAGAAUGUGACCGCAUCCCUGACUGUGACUGCCUACGGCAACCAAAUCUAUUCGAAAGAAUUUGAUCCGUGUGGGAACGAGGUCCAUGUUGCGGAGCUCUGCCCUGUCCCAUUGGGCCACUUCGCUGCCCGGGGUAAUAUCACCGUCCCCGAUGAAUACGCCAGCCAGAUUCCCUCCAUCGCCUUCAACAUUCCGGAUCUGGAUGGCCAAGCCAAGCUGACUCUCACCUCGAACGGCAAGAACGUGGCAUGUGUGGAGUCUGACCUGUCCAAUGGCAAGACCGCCAGCCUCAAGGCCGUUUCCUGGGCCUCGGCCGGUAUUGCAGCCGGCGCCCUCGCUCUGAGUGGACUGUCUGCUCUCGGUUCUGCGGGAAGUACUGGUGCAUCCUCCUCCAGCCCAGGCGUGGGUGACGUGAUGGGAUGGUUCGGCUCGAUGGCCACCAACGGCAUGCUGAGUGUCAGCCACCCGACCGUCUACAAGAGUUUCACCAAGAACUUCGCCUGGAGCACGGGUUUGAUUCCGUGGGCGAGCAUGCAGAAUUCCAUUGACGACUUCCGAAAAGCCACCGGCGGAAACACGACGCAGAACAGCUAUAUCUACCUCUCCGGCCUGAGCACCGCCUCGUCUUCGAAUGGAACCUCCUCCAAGCGAAGCCUGGACAUGAUGUACCGCCUGUUGGCCCGGUCGAGCAGCUCCGGCUCUAAUUCGAGCAGCACCUCGAGCACGACCAACUGCGGCGACCUCUCCGUAAGCAGCAUUAAGUGCUAUGGAGAGGAGAUGAUGAUCCCCUCGGCGAACAUCUUCAUGACCGUGCUUCUGGUCUUCGCGAUUGUCGUCGCUAUUGUUGUUGUCGGCAUCCUUCUGCUCAAGGUCAUCCUGGAGAUUUGGGCCAUGUACGGCAACUUCCCCAAGAAGCUGUCUGAAUUCCGGAAGGACUACUGGGGCAUCAUGGCACGCACGAUCACCAACAUGAUUCUCAUGUUGUAUAGCAUCUGGGUUUUGUACUGUGUCUAUCAAUUGCGGAACGGUGACUCCUGGGCAGCCAAGAUGCUGGCUGCCAUCACGUUGGCUGUCUUCACAGCCGUUUUGGCGUUCUUCGCGUGGCGUAUCAUCUACAUGGCUCGCAAGUACAAGAAGAUCGAAGGUGACACUACCGGCCUCUACGAGAACAAAGAAACCUGGCGCAAGUAUAGUCUCUUCUACGACGCUUACAAGAAGGGUGUGUGGUGGCUGUUUGUUCCGGUCAUUGUGUAUGCUUUGGCCAAGGGAUGUAUCAUUGCCGGCGCCGAAGGCCACGGCAUGGUCCAGACCACUGGCCAGCUGGUUGUGGAAUGCUGCAUGUUGCUUCUGCUGCUGUGGAACCGGCCCUACGCCACCAAAUCCUCGAUGGGUAUCAACUUCACGAUCCAAAUCGUCCGAGUUCUGUCCGUCGCCUGUGUGCUGGUCUUUGUCGAGGAACUUGGUCUCUCCCAGACCACCAAGACCGUGACCGGCAUCGUGCUCAUUGUCGUCCAAUCCACCCUCACCGGUGUUCUCGCCAUUUUGAUCGCCGUCAACGCCAUCAUCUUUUGCAUCCGCGAAAACCCUCACACUAAGAAGCAAAGAGAAGCUGAAAACUCCAACAAGGACCUGGACGACCUCACCCCUCUCGACGCGCGCGAGUCCCUCCUCAUCGAGCAUCCACCUAAGCGCGACUUCGCCGAGAUGAGCAAGUUCAACUUCACCGGUCCCUACGAGCCGUACCAGGAUCACCCACGUCACCGGCCCGACUCGACCGGCGGCAAUGAUCGCCUGGUCUACGCGGACUACGGCGUCGCCCACGGCCGCAGCUCCAGCCAAGAAUCCGGACACUAUGACCAUCGCCGCAGUCUCUCGCUCGAGGGCCGGAAGCCGACAACCCCUGGCUUCGGCAUGGCCUACUAA